GACAACCGGUACCACCCCCUCAAAGGCGAAACAUGUAGACGAAACGAAGCUCCGUUUUUGGUGUCCCGGCGCCGCUCUUCCCCGUCCCUUCACCGGCCGACCGUUUUCUCGCUCGUUCUCUUGGCGCGUUUUCUUUCUUCAAUCUGCUCGCUCGCUCUUAUGGAGAUUGAAGGCGAAGAAGGUUCGAAGGUCGCGCUCGGAAGAGCUCCGGCGACGACGGUCUUCGGCCGAGGACUGGGGUUCAGCACCGACGACCGGAGCGUGUCUCGCAAGCACCUUCUCCUCCAAGGCGUCGGCGACGAUGGGACCGUGGAGCCUAGGGUUUCGUUCCAGGUCCUGGGGAAGAACCCGGUGUGGGUCCGGAGCAGGAGCGGCGGGGGGAUUCGGGUGUACCGGAGGUCGGAGAGCGGCGAAAUCGGAGUCGGCGACCGGUUCUGUGUCUCCGGGAGGAGGCCCGUUUGGUUUGAUCUGAGGAAGAUUGAAGGAGGAGGCAGAGGCGGAAGCGGAAGCGAGAGGAACUCGGAAUGCGAGAGCGAAUUGGCAGAGAGUGCUGAAUCUGUUGAUGUCUCGAGUAUUGACCCUGUGAAAGAGUUUGGUUUUCUUGUGAUUGGACACGAGUUUGAUCAAUAUCCUAAGCAAAUGCUUCGCAAUGCAAAGCAUUGGGAUUGGUUUCUUGAGGACCCGAGUAAAGGCAGUGAUGACAGUGGGGAUGAAGAUGAAGGGACAAAAGCCAAGUGCAGAGGUAGGAGAAAGAGGAGACGGGUUGAGGGCGAUAACGGAGAUGAUGAUGAAUGGACUGGUGAGAGCGAAGACGAGAAGGGUGUUUUGGCUACUGUGAGAAAGGCUAAGAAACCAUCUUACCGGACAAGAUCCAAGGACAACAGGAAAGUGAAACCUCCGAAGAGUACAAGAAGUGAUAGAACAUCUCAGAAGAAGAGAAGUCCUCGUUCAGAAGAUGAAGAAGACGAUGAAACGUUGGGAGGGUUCAUUGUAGAUGAGGAGGAUGUUGAAGGAGAACAAAAAGAAGAAAGUGAGGAUGAGGGAGAGGGAGAGGAAGAGGAGGAAUUCACUGAUGAUGAGGAAGAUGAAUAGUUCAAGUAAUUUACUUGGGAUGUAAGAAAAUUUUGACGUGCAUAGCUGAGGUGAACGCUGUAUGUUUAAUGAAAACCAUGUAAUCUGGUCUUUUCACUCUCCUUGUUAUUAGUGUUAGAAGUCCUGUACCAUAGGCUGUCGCUGACUCUUACGUUGUGAGAUAUGUUUUUUUGGAGAAAAUGAUAGAUCAUCCAUCAUUUACGGGUGUCAGUUUUCUCCAGUUUUGCUGGUUUCUGCUGUUGAUCAAUGCCAAGUAGGACAUCAACGGUUGUGGAUGUAACUGUAA